AUGGAUCUCUGUGAAGAAACCAACGAUCACAUGUGCUGUGUCUCUAGUGCUGUGUCUCUGUUCUGUGUCUCUGUGUCUCUGGUGCUGUGUCCCUGGUGCUGUGUCUCUGUGUCUCUGGUGCUGUGUCUCUGUGCUGUGUCUCUAGUGCUGUGUCUCUGGUGCUGUGUCUCUAGUGCUGUGUCUCUGUGCUGUGUCUCUUGUGCUGUGUCUCUGUGCUGUGUCUCUAGUGCUGUGUCUCUGUGCUGUGUCUCUUGUGCUGUGUCUCUGUGCUGUGUCUCUAGUGCUGUGUCUCUAGUGCUGUGUCUCUGGUGCUGUGUCUCUAGUGCUGUGUCUCUGUGCUGUGUCUCUUGUGCUGUGUCUCUGGUGCUGUGUCUCUGUGUCUCUAGUGCUGUGUCUCUUUGCUGUGUCUCUGUGUCUCUAGUGCUGUGUCUCUUGUGCUGUGUCUCUGGUGCUGUGUCUCUGGUGCUGUGUCUCUGGUGCUGUGUCUCUGUGUCUCUAGUGCUGUGUCUCUGUGCUGUGUCUCUUUGCUGUGUCUUUAGUGCUGCGUCUCUUUGCUGUGUCUCUGGUGCUGUGUCCCUGGUGCUGUGUCCCUGUGCUGUGUCUCUAGUGCUGUGUCUCUGUGCUGUGUCUCUAGUGCUGUGUCUCUGUGUCUCUAGUGCUGUGUCUCUUGUGCUGUGUCUCUGUGCUUUCUGUGUCUCUGUGUCUCUGGUGCUGUGUCUCUAG